AAGGAUGUGCGUGACUUUACGGAUCGCGAUUUCGAUAGAUUAUUAAAGGAAUGGGAUGAGAAUGACGAAGAGGGAGACUCGGACGAGGACGAAUCCCUUUACAGGAAGCCACAGAAGCAGGAGAGUCUCGAGGAUGCUCUCAAAAAUGUAUUUAAUAAUAUAUAGUAAUAGUAUAUAA